AUGGGACCCCCUUCCAGGUCCGGCUUCUACGUGGGCCGCGCCGCAGCCCUGCUGCUGGCGGGGCUGGCCGCCGCGCUCCUGCUGGCGCUGGCCGUGCUCGCCUCGCUGUACGGCCGCUGCGCGCGCGUCCCGCCGUCGGAGCUUCGGCACCGCGGGGCUCCGGCUGCCGCGCCCUCCCUCCCCGGCAAGCAGGAGCCGGCCUCGCAGCCCGGCCCCACUCCGGAGCCCGACGCGGCGGCCACCCCGCCCCCCUGGCGACCCCCGGGGCCCUGGGACCAGCUGCGCCUGCCGCCCUGGCUCGUGCCGCUGCACUACCAGCUGGAGCUGUGGCCCCGGCUGCGGCCGGACGGCCUCUCGGCGUCGGCGUUGCGCUUCACUGGCCGCGCGAACAUCACGGUGCGCUGCACCGCGGCCACCGCGCGGCUGCUGCUGCACAGCCUCUUCCUGGACUGUGAGCGCGCGGAGGUGCACGGACCCCUGUCCCCGGACGCUGGAGACGCCACCGCGGGCCGGUUAUCUGUGGUGGAGACGUGGUUCGCGGUGGGCAUGCAGUACCUGGUGCUGGAGCUCGGAGAAGCCCUGCAGCCCGGGAGCCUCUAUGAGCUGCAGCUCAGCUUCUCCGGCCCAGUGAGCCAGGACACCAGGGAGGGCCUCUUCCUUAACCUCUACACGGACCAGGGUGAGCGCAGGGCCCUGUUAGCAUCUCAGAUGGAACCAACAUUUGCCAGGAAUGUUUUUCCUUGUUUUGAUGAGCCAGCUCUGAAGGCAACUUUUAAUAUUACAAUCAUUCAUCAUCCACGUUAUGUGGCCCUUUCUAACAUGCCAAAGCUAAGUCAGUCUGAGAAAGAAGAUGUGAACGGAAGCAAGUGGACUGUUACCACCUUUCACACCACGCCCCCCAUGCCCACUUACUUAGCUGCCUUUGUCGUUUGUGACUAUGGACACAUCAGCAGGAUCGAGAGGGGCAAGGAGAUACGCAUCUGGGCCCGGAAAGAUGCCAUCGCAGAGGGAAACGCAGACUUUGCUUUGAACAUCACAGGUCCCAUCUUCUCUUUUCUGGAGGAUUUAUUUAAUAUCAGUUACCCUCUUCCAAAAACAGAUAUAAUUGCUUUGCCUACUUUUGACAACCGUGCAAUGGAAAACUGGGGACUAUUGAUAUUUGACGAGUCAUUAUUGUUGCUGCAACCAAGUGAUAAACUAACAGAAAAAAAGAUCGUGAUCUCCUUUACUGUCUCCCACGAAAUCGGACAUCAGUGGUUUGGAAACUUGGUUACCAUGAAUUGGUGGAAUAAUAUCUGGCUCAAUGAAGGUUUUGCAUCUUAUUUUGAAUUUGGGAUAAUUAACCACUUCAAUCCUAAAUUCCCAAGGAAUGAGAUCUUCUUUUUUAACAUUUUACAUGGUGCGCUCAGAGAAGAUCACGCCCUGGUGUCUAGAGCCGUCUCCGUGAAUGUGGAAAGUUUCACAGAAACCAAUGAAAUAAAUGAGCUUUUUGACUUAUUUACUUACAACAAGGGAGCGUCUCUGGCCCGGAUGCUUUCUAGUUUCUUGAAUGAGAAAAUAUUUAUCAGGGCACUUAAGUCAUAUUUGGAGACUUUUUCUUACGCAAAUGUUGAGCAAGAUGAUCUAUGGAGACAUUUUCAAAUGGCCAUAGAUGACCAGAGUAAAAUUCUUUUGCCAGCAACAGUAAAAAGCAUCAUGGACAGUUGGACACACCAGAGUGGUUUUCCAGUUAUCACCUUAAAUGUAUCCACGGGCGUCAUGAAACAGGAGCCAUUUUAUCUCGGAAAGGUUAAAAAUCAGACUCUUCUAACCCACAAUGACACAUGGAUUAUACCUGUUCUUUGGAUAAAGAAUGGAACUACACAGUCUUUAGUCUGGCUAGAUAAAAGCAGCAAAGUAUUUCCUGAAAUGCAAAUUUCAGAUUCUGAUCAUGACUGGGUGAUAUUAAAUUUGAAUAUGACUGGAUACUAUAGAGUUAACUAUGAUGAAUUAGGUUGGAAGAAAUUAAGUCAACAGCUUGAAAAAGAUCCUAAGGCUAUUCCUGUUAUUCACAGACUUCAGCUGGUUGAUGAUGCCUUUUCCUUGUCUAAAAACGAUUAUAUCGAAAUUGAAACAGCACUUGAUUUAACCAAGUACCUUGCUGAAGAAGAUGAAAUCAUAGUGUGGCAUGCAGUUUUGAUGAACCUAGUAACCAGGGAUCUUGUUUCUGAUGGGAACAACUAUGAAAUAUAUCCAUUGUUAAAGAAGUAUCUGUUGAAGAGACUUAUCUCAAUAUGGAAUACUUACUCAACUAUGAUUCGUGAAAAUGUGACAGCCUUGCAGGAGGACUAUUUAGCUCUAAUAUUACUGGAAAAAGUUUUUGGAACUGCAUGUUGGUUGGGUCUUGAGGACUGUCUUCAGCUGUCCAGAGAACUCUUCAGAAACUGGAUGAACCAUCCAGAGAAUGAAAUACCUAAUCCAAUUAAAAAUGUUAUUUUAUGUUAUGGCAUUGCUUUGGGAAAUGAUAAAGAAUGGGAUUUUUUGUUAAAAAUCUACAAUAAUAACACAAAGGAAGAAGAAAGGAUUCAACUUGCUUAUGCAAUGAGCUGCAGUAAAGAUCCAUGGAUACUUAACAGAUAUAUGGAUUAUGCCAUCACUGUGUCUCCUUUCGCUUUUAAUGAAACAAAUGUCAUCGAAGCUGUUGCAGAAGCAUCUGAAGUUGGCCGAUAUGUUGCAAAGGACUUUUUAAUCAACAAUUGGCAAGCUGUGAGCAAAAGGUAUGGAACGCAAUCAUUGGUUACCCUACUAUAUGUAAUCGGGAGAACCAUACGUACAGAUUCACAGAUCUUAGAGCUGCAGCAGUUUUGCAGUAACAUGUUGGAGGAGCACCAGAGACUCACAGUUCAGGCCAAGUUACAGACAAUAAGGAACGAGAAUCUGAAAGGCAAAGAGCGAAGUGCCAGGAUAGCGGCGUGGCUGCGGAAAAACACAUGAUUUACUGUGUCUGCUGCGUCACCUCACACUUUACUGGCUACUGAGCCUCCUGGUGUCACAAAGAGACCGGGUCAUAGCACCCAGGAAGUCCCUGGAGGAUCGCUGUUGUGGAGACCAGAUGGAGACCACUGCUCUGCUGAAUCUCUGGACUGUAUACUUCACCUGUGGGAUGGACUGUCUUUCAGCCAAA